AUACAUAUUGACCUUGUUUUUCUGAAUUGAUAAGCAGGUCUCAUAAAUUUUAUAUUAUCAUUAUGGCAGCUCUAUAAAAAAUCGAAAACUUGCUCAUCGUCUUACAACAAAAGCAAUUAGUUUAUUUAUCGCGGCGAUUAGUUACACACAUUCAAUAUUUAUUUCGAUAAAUGACCCUUGUACGUUGUGGCAAAAUGCAUAACUCAUACAUUAUUUAAACAAUGAUGUCUCCGCCUAAUAAAAAUUAACAAUGAUUUACUCAUAUACAUUACAGAAAAUUAGUUGCUCUAAGUAAGAUCGAGGUUAAUAGGUUUUUCAGGAGGCUAUUUUUAUCAUUCAGUGAACAGACAUAAUAUAGCUGUGAAAGUGCGGAUAAUAAAAAGUGAAAAUGCCUGAAAUAAGAAACGCACAAAAUUUAAACAAAAAACGAUUAUGUGGGUGCUGUAAUUCGUGUCGGAUUUUCCCGUCGUAUGGCAGAAGUAAUCAAAUACCUGAGAUAAUCAUUACUAAUAACAUGAACGAGAAGGAUUACCGGCACUUUUACAAUAUUCCCCAGCCACUCGAUGCAGGAACUGUCAUCAAAGUUAAGGGAAUCAUUCUUCCAGAAUGCUCAAGGUUUGCGGUAAAUUUAUGUUGCACUAAAGAACCUACAACGGAUAUAGCUUUGCAUUUAAAUCCCAGGAUAUCACAGAGAUAUAUGGUACGAAAUACCCGCAUCAAAGAACGUUGGGGAGUAGAAGAGGUGACUUCGUUAUCAAAAUUUGAAUUAAUAAGAAAUCAACAGUUCCAAAUCGAUAUUGUUAUAACGGAAACAGAAUUUCUGAUCAACAUUAAUGGUAAAUACGUUUGUUCUUUUGCCUACCGACUUCCUGUAAUUGACAUAAAGGCGAUAUCGAUCGAAGGACCUGUGGAUUCAAUCAGCAUAGAAUAUGAAAAAACUUCGGUUUAUCCUGUUAUAAAGAAAUUUAUGGCCGUUGAAGAAAUUUAUGAAGAUGAAGAUAUUGUCAAUUCUGAUCAAAACUUGUCUGUUCCGUUGAAAUUAUCUUUAAGAGACGGUUUUCAACAAGGAUGGCAAUUGGAAAUACAAGGAAGGGUUAAAGUGUUGCCAGUUAAUUUUUCUGUUAAUCUACAAGAUGGACCUCAGUUAUGGCCAAGACCUAACAUAUACCUCCACCUUAAUCCUCGUUUCGGGUAUGCAAAUACAAAGCACGUAUUCGUUAGAAACGCUUGGUUGGAAGGUUCCUGGGGUUCAGAGGAGAGAGUUGAAUGCUUCCUGUUCACUCCAGGAUCAUCAUUUAGUUUAGCGAUUCGAAAAUGUGACAGUCAUUUCUCGAUAUACGUUAACGGUCAGUUAGCAGGAGAGUUUACAUUUAGGGGCGACGUUAAUCGAAUCAACACUCUGUAUAUACAAGGAGAUGUCACAAUUAGUAAUGUAGUUAUGAGACAUAAGAUCAACGACAAAUAUUUUCCUAAUAGUAAACAAAGUAUCUCGGCUAGUAAAGAGUGAAUAAUUCAUAAAGUACACAGUUUGUUGAGCAUCUUUUUCACUCUAUAUUUGUUGCACAUUCAUUUAUAAUACGAUGUAAUCACUUAAAAUUACGUAUCUAGUAUUUUUGUAUAAAUAUUGUUAUCAAUUUCUUUAUUUUUUUAUUUCUUAGACCUCUUGAUAUAUUAAUGCUUCUAAAUGUUCUUGAUUUUAGAAUAAUAAUUUUUGAAAGAUUGAUAGAGACUGAAGUUAAGUCUUUCAAAAAUUAUUAUAUAAGAAAAACUAAUUUUAAAACAGAAGCGACCUAAAAUCAAUAACAUUUAGAAGCAUUAAUGUUGUUAUAUAAAUAAUAUAUUGUACUUUUUUUGAUAAUUGCUGUUUUACAUUUUAUUUCUUGAAUAAAUAAUCUGCUUACAAUUUUAUCCUACAGUGAAUAAAUGUCAACUGGAAUAAAUAAUGAAACAUAUCAGAUUUUAAAUUAAAAAUUGAUAUUCUUCAACGUGAACAUGAGAUCUCUGCAUAGAUUUGGUGAUCGCUCUGCCCACUCCAUCAACUUUUACCUCUUUAUCCACCCAUUGCAAACUACUGCGUUGAGGUACUGCCGGGCAUUGCGUUGGUAAUGUAGUAGUGCCUCAACUAGCUGGAAAAAUAUUGUUUUCACUGUAACUUGGAGGCUUUCAAAAUCGUGAUGUAAAUUGCCAGCCAUAGCUGGAAUGACAUCAUCCAAAUGAUGAUCGCCAUUGAAAUUGCCUUCAAAGAAAACGCUACGAAUGUUGUGGUUUCCAACAAUCCCUACCCAAACAAUAACUUAUCAGGGUAUUGAGUGUAUUCUUCUUAUAUUAAGUGAGAAUUUCCCCCCCUGGGGGUUGUACUUAUCAUUCGAAGAAGGUUGAAGACAGGGAUCACAUUUUCACGUUGAACUUUGUCAAUUUAUUUGUUGAUUUUGACUUGAUUCGAAAUUUUUUACGAAUAUGUACGAAAUAAUGAAUUUAUUCCAUUUGGCGAUUAUACACUGUAAAUUUAACUACUGUAUAACCCAUCUUGCCCAUAGCUAUCUACAGUCCAAAUUUUCUCUACUCUGUCUGAUAGCUCGCCAUUGGACGAUCAUCCAGUAUCGCUUUGUGGAAUUACCUCAACAUUCUGGUUUUCACAGGUCGUACGGCCUCGUUUAAACUCUGCUACCCAAUCUUCUACAGUUGAUAAUAAAGGAGUGGUCUCACCCCGAGUAGAAUCUAGCUUUUAUAUUGUUUGGGUUGAGGCUUUUCAAAUAAAAGUAUUGUAUCACAUAACGAUGACCAAUUUUUCUUUAUUUCUUGAUUAUUAAAAAAUUCCUUAAAUUCCUUAGAAUUUAUACCUGGAUAUUGAUCAGCUAGAACCAUACAAACAUUUUCAGUUUGUGAUACUUUCUUUAUCAGUUUUAUGAAAUUAUCAGCGGUUGAAAUGUAAGAAUCUGCUUGUAAAAUGAUCUAUUAACAAAUGUUAUUAUUUUUUUGUGGAUCUCGAACCUCCGAAACCUCUAAUUGUGUCAAUUGACAUUAUUUCAAAUGGUUUUGUUUCUGGACCUAAAUGUGACAUUGAACCAUACUUGUGAUAUCGUCUUGAUUUAUUUUUUAUACAAAUUUUACAGUUUUUACUUAUUUCUUUAAUGUUCCUUGUCUGGUUCUUUCCUACAUAUAAUGUACUGACUUCUUCUUGUAUUUGGGAAAUUCCAAUAUGACAAAUUUUCUUGUACUAAUUUUAAAAAUAUCUUGCUGAAUUAUUCUAUUAUUCUUAUCCAAACUCUUUUCGUUUGAUACUUCUUCAAUAAACUGGUCUUCACCUUUGUAUAAGCAAGAGUUUUUAAAAUCUCUUUAUGGAGGUCUGGUAUUAUCAAGCGUUGCUAUUGAGGUUAUGUAAUAAAUAUUUGAUUUUGCAUCGCUUUCAGGCAAUAUCUUGAAAUGGAAUAAAAGUUUCUCCAUAUUUUCUCCAUUUCUUCACUUGGAUAAACGAAAAUUGUCGUUUCAUAAGAUAAUAGUUUGGAUUAGUUGAAAUAAACAUGUGUUGUUCUGGAAACAAAGAUUUAUUUUUUUAACAAAUUUCAAUAAUUAUGUAAUAUUAAUAGACUACUUUUACACUUUAACCAAAUCUGAAAACCUGAAAACAGAGAAACGAAAUUUAAAGUCCAUUUCUUCAUUUUUUUCUUAAAUAAGAAAUAAUUCUUGAAAUAAAACUAUUUACAUCUUCCAGCUUAUUUAAUCUCUGUAUUUUAUCUCCAUAGAAAUUGACAAUAACAGUCAUUAGGAAAUCCAUGACAGUUCUAUCCUAGACAUCUUAACCUUCAGAUAAGUGAAGCAAACCAUGUUUUCAAUAAAAGAAAUAUCUGUGAAAUUUGUCGGAAAUACAUUCUUGGCAUAAAAAUGAAAGAAAAUUUCUAACUUUUAUUGGCAAAUAAGUAUGCAUCUUAUGAUACUGCUAUGUGGUCUUUUGACCACUCCAAACCUUUUUCUAUUGUUAUGUAUAGUUUAUGGUUAUAAAAAAAACCAAUAAAAGCCCGAAAACUUGUAUUAGCUCUCGUAUAUUUAUAAAAAUUUCAGUAAAUAUUUAGAUUAUUCUAUUCUCCCGUACAUCGAACGUAUUACCUCUACUACUAAGCCCACAUCUACCAUUUAAUCUAAUUUAACUUCAUCUUUCUCCUUUCUAAAGAAAGUAGCGUUAAUAUUUCAAAAAAUGUUCUCAAUUACGUUCUUAAUGUUAUAGAUAACUCUAUUUUGAUUCAAAUGUGUACAUUUUGUAGCAAAUAGUCCAGUAACUUCCGAUUUUAUUAUAUUUUUUCAUAUUUUUUGAACGUCAAGAAAUUACCGGGAUUCAGUUUGUGAAACAAGGAUUAUCACAUUCUUAGUAUCUUACAAAAGCAUUCUAAGGGCAUUUUAAAAAAUCGGAUCCAGUACUAAUUUCGAUUUUUUUGUUGUCCGUCACUAUAAAUACUGACUCGAAGUGAUAAUAUGUUAUUUAUAAAGAGAAAGAAUGUUUAGGACUGAAUCAGGAAAACACAGUAUUUUUGGCAAAAAAUUAGUUCAGUAUGAUUAGUUUGUGAUCACCGAAAAACGUUGAAAUUAUAGAAAUUUUUUGAUUUAAAAUAUUAGUGGAUUUUUAGGGGUCUAAGUUUCAAAUAAAAAUACAAUUUGUAAUACAAAUUAUGACUUAGAUUCUUGAAUUGUCUAUACAUUUAUAUAAGCUUUUUAUUGAUCAAUUCCCGGUAAUUUUUUACUCUAAUAAAUCUAGAGUGACAUUUUUCUUGAAAAUGUUGCUUACUUGAACAGCUUUUUAUAUGAUUACGCUUAUUUUUUAUAUUUAUUUUGUUUUUUUUUAUAUUAUUAACACUGUCGUAACUUUUAUUAAAAUAUAACUAUAUACCAAAAAA